AUGUCCGGGUUAUAUCCAUCGAGCAGAUUCAAGCUGAAGCUCGCGGAAAGCGAGGCCUCAUCAUUCUCAGAAGCCAUGAACCUUGCUCAAAAUUUCACUCAGGCCUCCGAUAUCUGCAAAACGCAUGAGGAGCCUAGCUCCGGAAAGAGGAAGCACAAAUACACCCCUCGAGCGGAUAACCCCAGGGAUGUCCCUCGAAAAGAAAAAGACAGGAAGCCUCGAUUGGAAAACAACUGGAAUGACCCCCGGUAUAACUUGAAUCAAAGAGAGAUAUAUCUGGAUAUCAAAGGGAAGUACCCCCUGCCAAAGCCUAAUCCUAUCCGGACAUCCGUCAACAAGCGAGAUAAAAGGCUCUGGUGUGAGUUCCAUCACGAUUGUGGUCACACUACACGUGACUGUCGAGAACUAAAUAGAGCGCUAGACAAGCUAGCCGACGAAGGGAAAUUGAACCGACAUCUGAAGGAUCCAAAAGAGAAGAAAGUCGAAUCCCGCCAAGAAAAGCAGACUCGAAGUGAUGAAAUUACAGGGUAUGUUAGCGUCAUUGCAGGAGGGUUCGCGUCGGGCGGCUUAACCAGCCGCUCUCGCAAAAAGCACCUCUACACCCUGAAGCACGGGAGUGAUGCGACAUCUUCCACAGUAUGCCCGACUAUGACCUUCAAAGACAUCCAUCGACCCAUACAAACCCCGCAUGACGACCCAUUGGUUGUCGAAAUGAAGAUAGCCAAUCUACGGGUAGGUCGAGUUCUGAUUGAUAGCCGAAGCUCUGCGGAUAUCAUCACUAUGGACUGCCUAAGGAAGCUGAAAUACGAAGAAAAGGACCUCACCCACAUCGACCAGCCGCUGGUGGGAUUUGUGGGACAAUCCGUCCACCCCCUCGGCUCAGUCAAACUGCCCACACGAAUGGGGGAGAAGGGGGCGGGUCGGAAUGAUUACUAG